ACUUCAACGAGGCACACAUUAUACGCCAUGAUCAUUUAUAUAUCAUGUUACUGCAAGGCAAUUUUUCUAUGAAAUAGUGGAUGUGAAUCAGUGAUUGUGAUUAUGGCAACACUCUUCAACGCAGCUCUUGGGAUUCCUUCAUCUCCUUGCUUCUCAUUUUCAAAACAAACCACUCUUUCACCUCUCCGUUGUUUGAGGAACAAUCAGGAUGUCAAUGGCUUUCAUGAACAUAGGUUAGAGAUUGAGGGUGAUAAAAAUGUGGAGAAAUCUAAGUCAAUAACCGGUGAUGACCAUGCAAAGCCAGAUUUUUCGGGUAUGUUCGAAGAAGCUCAGCAGAACAUACUAUACCUGAACAAGGAGCGGCUCAAGGCCAUAGACGAACUUAACAAAACAAAAAGAGAAAAACAGUCUCUACUCAGUAUGGUAAAGAAAUUAACAGUGGAAAAGAUGGCUGGUGCUUGUAGAGAUAACCAAUCAGUCUGUUCGGAUUUGCUGCUUCGGAUAGACUCAAUGGUCCUUAACAAUGUGAUUAGCCCCGGGGAAGCAUCUGAAUUAAGAAGAUUGGUGAUAAGCCACAAAGUGGGUGUAUAUGAUGUUUUUAAUGUUACUGCAAACAAAGGAGAUUCUGAACUUCUUGGGGAACUUCGUCAGUUUUCAUAUGGAAGCAAAAAGAGUGGUUUUCAUAUUGUUCACAUUUGCACAGAAAUGGCACCUUUGGUCCCUAAUAGAUCUAUAGCAUCAUAUGUGACUGGAAUAUCCCGUGCACUUCAAAGAAAGGGGCAUCUGGUUGAGGUUAUAAUGCCAAAGUAUGCUUCUUUGAACCUAGAUGAAGUGCAAGGUUUGCGUAAACUUACCAUAGAGGCUUACUCAUAUUUUAAUGGUCAAUUACAUGAGAACAGAAUUUGGACUGGUGUUGUUCAUGGCAUUGGAGUCACGUUGAUUGAGCCAUUGCGCUACUCAUCGUUUUUCAGUCGUGAGAUGAUAAAUGGCUAUCCAGACGAUUUCGAAAGGUUCUCUUAUUUUUCUCGCGCCUCACUGGAUUAUAUAGUAAAAUGUGGGAAGCAGCCUGAUGUAUUGCAUCUGCAUAACUGGGAGACUGCUAUUGUUGGGCCUCUUUUCUGGGAUAUAUUCGCUAAUCAGGGACUUGAGAAUACCAGAAUUUUACUGACAUGCCACGGCUUCAAUUCACAGUGUACUGAGCAACCAGAUAAAUUGGCCUUAUGUGGUCUUGAUCCUGAAAGACUUAAUCUUCCUGAUCGUUUGCAAGACAACAUCAACAUGGAACGUGUCAAUAUUUUGAAGGGGGGAGUCGUCUAUUCGAAUAGAGUUUUAAUAAUGUCAUCUGUCCAUCCGAAACACACAAUGGUUCAUAAUCUGAGUCAUGGUCUAGAACCUACUUUAAAUAUUCAUUGGGACAAGUUGGCCAUUGCUCCCUAUGGAUUUGACAAAUCAACUUGGGAUCCUUCAUCAGACUCUUUUCUACCAGAAAAUUUUAAUGCUGAAAAUAUGAAUGGAAAAGUUGUUUGCAAAGUUAGAUUGCAGCAGCAGCUGGGGUUAUCUGAACGUGCUUCUAAUAUUCUUGUUGCAUGCAUUUUUCCAAAAGGAGCUGAACUUGAUGUGCAUAAAAUGAAGGGCAUCAUCUUGCAUGCUAGGCAGCAGAACAUCCAGUUUAUAUUCAUGGGGACUAAUGAAGGAUCAGUGAUGAACCAGACACUGGAAGGGCUUAAGAAGGAGAUCAAGGAUAAUAAAAUUCGAAUCGUGGUCAAAUACAAUGAAGCUCUGUUGCAUUUAGUCUUUGCAGGAUCUGACAUCAUCUUGUGCCAAUCUUUUCUUGAUCCUACUGAUGAAAUCCCACUCAAAGCGUUAAGAUAUGGAGCAGCUCCAAUAACACAUCUUUGUGAAGCUACUAUAAACAGGAACUUCAUGCACCAUGACCAAGAGGCCACCAAGUAUUCACAGUUAAUCAACUCAAGCUUUGGAAACAUGUCUCUUAACCUUGCCGUUGAUGAAAUUAGGAAUAACCCAUCAAAGUGGAGACAAAGAAUGAUAGAAGCAAUGACACAAGACUUUUCAUGGGAUGGUGAAUGCUAUGAUGCUCAUGUUGAAUCAUACUCGGCUAUUAAGAACUUGUGAACUAGGUCUCAUAUUUAUGUAAUUUUUUUAUUUUAUUUUAUUUUUGGUGUUUAUUUAUCAUCAAGUUACAAUGAUUGAAAAUAAGAAAUAUUGAUAUAUUCUUUUUAAAAAUUAAUAAAGAUAU